AUGCACGCUAGAUUGCGACAUCGCGGCCACGAGUCUCUCUCUCUCUCUCUCUCUCUCUCUCUCUCUCUCACGGUCAGGAAAGCUGGCAACGUCGUGCAGCUGAAACAUUAUCGCUUCGAUCGGAGGAUGAGGCAGGCAAGGCACAAAGGAGGCCCCUCGAUGGGGGACAGUGUGAAUGGCGACCAUGCCCUGGGAGCCAAUGACAAGUCGUGUGCACCGAGUGUCUUAGCCAAUUCCGAUCGCAACGACAGCCAGCCGUGUACCGGCCAGCUGGGGGCAGAGUGUGCCUACACGUGCCUGCCAGGUUACGUGCCCUUUGGCCGACAUGUAUGCCAGUCCUACAGCACCAACGAGCACGUUGUUUACGACCAUCAGUUUGCAGGCGGACAUUGCCUGCGCCUUUGCUCGAGUAGCCCCGCCUGCACGUCGCCUGCGCUGCCCUUGCGUGUCAACUCCACCGACAAAGAUGGGCCUUGCUUGCACACGCAAUGCUAUGCUAAUCAAAGUGUUUUGCUACAAAGCCUCUCACGUGGUAGCUACGAGCUGUGGAUGCGGGCCCGAAACAACGAGACGGGCAUCUACUUGGAUCAUGUCGACCUGACUCGAUCUCCUGCUGACCAGGAUUGGCAGCAGGGUGCAAUUGGCGUCACGGGCCUGGGUAUGGCCGCGGAAUGCGUAGCCCAUGCGCUAGGCUACAUUUCCGAUGACCAAUUUCUGGCGCGCGUUUCCUUGACUCUCCGCUCCAUUCUGAGCCUGACAACAGGGUUCAAGCUGGACCGCAAUGCCCACGGUUGGAUUCCAACAUUCGUCGACACCCGGACCGGAGCUGCCAUGAACCCGGAUGAUACGAAUCGCUAUUCCUCCCUAGCUACGGGCCUUGAUACCGCUGGCGCUCUCUUUGCCCGGACUUAUGUGCUCUCCAAUCCGCAACUCUGCUCGUCUGCUCAAGGCGCCGUCCUUAUUGAGCUGGCCACGCAAGCCUUUGAAGCCGUCGACUGGACCACCUUGCUCUGCAACGGCACGCACAUUGAUUCAAACAGCUCCGGGUUGCCCAUGCUUUUCGACUCCACGGAUGGGUGCUCAGCAGUCGAGUUCCCCGAAAGCGAUGGCUAUUAUCAGUUCUUUGAGCUCCACUACACCGUUGCGUUGGCCUAUCAUGCGGCUUGUACUGUGAGUCAAACUCUGGCGUGCCCAGCUUUUGACACCAUGUUUCGACGCUGGCAAGGUCGCGCACAACACCCAAAUCAGGCCUUCGAAGGCUUGCCGCUCUUGAGCGAAUGGUCUGCUUACGUUGUUCAGCUUCCCUACUACAUGGUCCAUGCCUUCAACGGCAACGCUGAUUUUCUGCGUCUCUUUCGCUCACACUGGGCUGCAGACAAAGCUUACUAUGCCAGCCCAGCCAUUAAUGCUGGCCAACAGGGCAUUUACGGUUUGGGCGCUGGGCCCACCAUUGACUGGUGUGCCGGUACCACUUAUGAAGCUGAUCGCAUCAAUACCAACGCAUCCCUGGCUCAUUGUCGAACGUUUUCACCGUACUCGAUCGCUGGCUACCUGCCACUCGCCAAUUCGACCGUCCGCGCUGACCUGCAGGCCCUGGCUGCGGCUGGUAUCACGACCUUGCGUGUGGACCAAGAUCACUUUUUGUGGCGAAAAGCGUUGCUCGAUCUCGAUUGGUCGCAGGGUUAUGGUGUGACCAUGGUCGACUUCUCCGCCGAGUUUUUUGGUUUGGCGAGUUUGACUCUUCCACCAACCUUUUUCCAAACCAUGACCAAUCAUAGUUACGCCAGCUUGGCUAUGCGGCGCCGCUAA